AUGCCCGGUGGAAGGAGGGGCCCUAGUCGGCAGCAGCUAAGCCGUACAGCUUUACCUUCUUUACAGACUUUGGUUGGUGGGGGCUGUGGCAAUGGAACAGGCCUGAGGAACAGGAAUGGUAGUGCUAUUGGCCUUCCGGUCCCACCUAUCACAGCCUUAAUCACCCCAGGUCCUGUUCGUCAUUGCCAAAUUCCUGAUUUGCCUGUGGAUGGGAGCCUGCUCUUUGAAUUUCUCUUUUUCAUCUACCUACUGGUUGCUCUGUUCAUCCAAUAUAUCAAUAUCUAUAAAACAGUGUGGUGGUAUCCUUACAAUCAUCCUGCUUCUUGUACUUCACUGAAUUUUCAUCUCAUUGAUUACCACCUGGCAGCAUUCAUCACAGUGAUGCUUGCAAGGAGGCUUGUAUGGGCCCUCAUCUCAGAGGCCACUAAGGCGGGUGCGGCAUCUAUGAUUCACUACAUGGUUCUGAUAUCAGCUCGUUUGGUGCUACUUACUUUAUGUGGAUGGGUACUUUGUUGGACCCUCGUCAAUCUCUUCCGAAGCCAUUCAGUGCUCAAUCUCCUUUUCCUUGGCUACCCGUUUGGUGUUUAUGUUCCUCUCUGCUGUUUCCACCAAGAUAGUAGAGCUCAUCUUCUUCUCACAGACUAUAACUACAUGGUUCAGCACCAGGCGGUAGAAGAGAGUGCCUCAACUGUGGGUGGCUUGGCCAAAUCCAAAGACUUUCUCUCCUUAUUGCUGGAGUCUCUAAAAGAACAGUUUAAUAAUGCCACGCCCAUCCCCACCCACAGCUGCCCCCUAUCUCCAGACCUCAUUCGCAAUGAAGUAGAGUGUCUGAAAGCCGAUUUCAACCACAGAAUCAAGGAAGUUCUCUUCAACUCCCUCUUCAGUGCCUACUAUGUCGCAUUUCUACCCCUGUGUUUUGUGAAGAGUACCCAGUACUAUGACAUGCGCUGGUCAUGUGAGCACCUCAUUAUGGUGUGGAUCAAUGCUUUUGUCAUGCUCACCACACAACUUCUGCCAUCCAAAUACUGUGAUUUGCUACAUAAAUCAGCUGCUCACCUGGGCAAGUGGCAGAAGCUCGAACAUGGGUCCUACAGCAAUGCUCCACAGCACAUUUGGUCAGAAAAUACAAUAUGGCCUCAAGGGGUGCUGGUGCGACACAGCAGAUGUUUAUAUAGAGCCAUGGGGCCUUACAACGUGGCAGUGCCUUCAGACGUAUCCCAUGCCCGCUUUUAUUUCCUAUUUCAUCGUCCAUUAAGGCUGUUAAAUCUGCUUAUCCUUAUUGAGGGCAGUGUCGUCUUCUACCAGCUCUAUUCCUUGCUGCGGUCAGAGAAGUGGAACCACACACUUUCCAUGGCUCUCAUCCUCUUCUGCAACUACUAUGUUUUAUUUAAGCUUCUCCGGGACAGAAUAGUAUUAGGCAGGGCAUACUCCUACCCACUCAACAGUUAUGAACUCAAGGCAAAUUAA